CUCCAACAGCAGCCCCAUGCGCAUGUCGCCCGUCACCAGUCGCCCGGACAACAGCCCCUCCCCCUCCGGCACGGUCUCGACCAGUCAUGGACAGAGACAGAGGGCCAUGGGCAGAGCCAAGGCUGUAGGCWGUCGGGUGCCCACGGCAACCAUGGCCACACCCUCCGUCACCUCACACCUGACGCAGGUGUCAGCUGGCAGUCCCCUCCUGGGCGGGCCACUUGGCUUUGGGAUGCUGGGGGGGCUAGUGCCCGUCUCACUGCCCUUCCAGUUCCCAUCGCUGCUCAACUUCACUCCUCCUGGUGCCCCGGGGGUCAGCGGCCUGGGCACGGGCACCAACUCAGGAUACAGCCUCUCACAGAGCGACUUAAUGGAUCUGUAUAAGAGUCUCCAGUCAGGGUCACAGGCUGCUCUACCUCCUCACUUGCAGCUUGCUUUCUCAGAUGCGAACCAAAGCCAGGGUGGCGACAUGAAGAGGAAGUCCCACUGACCAAUAGAGACGGAGGACAGAGAGUGACAUCRAGACGUCCACUAGGAUCACUUUGAUUGGACAGAUGGACACAAUGAUGUAAUAAUACAGGGGGGAGGAGCCUUCUUCCCUCAAUAUGGACCUGAAGAAUCAAUUACCCCUCACCAUGACGAUUUAUGAAUUUAAUUUAACUGUAUUUUUAUGAUUACUGGGUAUAAAAUGGACCUGGGGUGAAUGAUAAUGAAUUUCUUUCCCUUACAUUUUUUUCUUGUCAACAUGUUUACAUGACCGACCUUUAUCACUGUGGAAUGAGGACAGGGUCGUAUUCAUUAGGCUCCAAACGUAGAAAAACAAAUACAGAAACAAGGAAGUACUGCCUGAACACUGGUUUUCGUUUAAAAAGAGUUUUGCUAUGUUGUGCACCAACGGAGCGCACAUACCGCAGCGAAUGUCGAUCUAUUUGCCGUUUGUUCGGCGCGGUCUGUUUUACGGACCACCCCACCGGUGAGGGUCUGAUUGUUGACAUUUUCCCUCGAUUCUACAUGUAGAAUCAGUUUGCAAAUUAUGGCUGGCACUCUGUUCAGAGGUGCAAAGUACUCUCGACCUGCAAACGCCACCAGUGUGUCCGUUCCGUAAUGAAAACCACCCAGGAGAGGGAGCACGCUGUUAGCGAAGUAAUUUAAUUAGAAUUUAAGUCUGUUUUUAUUUUUUCUCGUCUAAAGCAGAUUUGAGUAUAAAUUUAUUUUUUGGUCGUUGUCUUGACUGUCUGAGGAAGGUAGUUGUUAACUUGUCUCCGAUGUGAGAUGGUGUGUCCAUAGAUUGUUUUAAAGUCGCCUCUGCUCCCCACAACUGACUGUUAAGGUAGUAUAGCUAAUAUAAAAAUGGAUAAAUUAUUUGUAAUUUACACAGGGAUAAAAAAAAAUAUUUAGAGGUAUGAGUGUGCCCAGUGAGAUUGUGUGUGUGUGUGUGUGUGUGUACGUACACAACCUACAUAUAUUAUUAUAAAUUGUAUUUUCUUUCCAGGUCAGUCUGUGCUGUGUGAGUGUGCGAAUUGCAUAUCCCCUUUUCUCUGUUGUGUGAGAGAGUGAGUAUUCCCCUCUCUUGUUCAGCGUGUCUUUGGUGCUGUAAAAUCACACUGGACCUUUUCUGGAGAAAAAACUUGAACUGUAAAAGCUAGACUCCUCUUGGAGGGUGAGAGAGGGGACAAAGAUGCGAGAUUGUAGCUUACUUGAACUUUUUUUUUUUUAAUUGUAAUUAAUUACUUUGUAAAAAAAAAACUAUCAACUCAAACACUCAACUCAAUAUGACAAAACGCCUUAGUUUGUAAGUUUCAUUAAAGAACUAUGCAGGACUAUAAAUGCUUCAAUGCAAAAGUGCAAGUCGUCGCUUGGCUUUCAACCUCUUACUCAGCUGUCAAUGUAUUUCUGGGAGUUGCGAAUGUUUGUGUGUACGUACGUCUGAGUCCUUUUUCCCAUCUAAAGAACUCUCCCUUCUCACCUGCUGAAUACCUCUAGAAAUUGUUCUUCCUUACUCUCUUCCUAUAUCUGGGAAGAUCUCAAUAGCAUACUCCUCACUUCCUCUCUCCUAGUCUUCUCAAAACCCGUUGUGGGAGAAGGUCAGAGGGGAGGGACUUCUGGCUUUCUUGCCUCUGUCCAUCUCUAAUCAUCCUUCAUCCCUCCUUCCAAUGUCAGUAUGAAUGUCGACCAACUGCACCAAGGAUGGCGCCAAAGAUGAGUUUCCUAGCAUAUAGAUGGGGUGCUUUGGUCAGUGUGCGUGUGUUCCUAUCAACAUUCUCUUUGAAAUGUACCCAUGAGUGUUGUCCGUCUGUGGUCUGUCAGGAUAUCAUGGGGAAAAGUUGUUUCUUUCUGUGACUGGAGCAGGAGGUGACAUUUUAAAGCUUUUGUGCUUUUGGGGCGGGUAAAGAUUACAUUUCAUGGUAACUGGUUACUUAAUUCGGUCUCUUUUGUAGAUUAUUUUUGUGUGUCGAUUUAUGGAAUAAAAUACAGUUGGUUUUCAA